AAGAAUAAAAAGAAGAAAAAUACUCUCUCUCUCUCUCUCUCUCUCUCUCUAUCUGCAUUGUAGCUCUGUCUUUCAGAGCUCCCACAGAAGCUGAUUCCGCCCCAAAAUUCCAGUAAUCGAUUUUCUGCAAUUCCAUCAUAUCUUUCCUCUUUUUUAUAUGAUCGAGUCUACUCAGAUAUUCUUGAGUGGCUCUAACCUACUCAGAUUUGAAAUGGGUUUUGGCCGUUGGAGUGAUUGGAAGACCCAUUUCUUUUCUUUGGUUGAAUGAGAUAAAAGAGGAGAGAAGAGAAGAGAAGGGAGAAGGAGAAGAUGUCGUUGAAGUGCAGAGGAGGAGAAGUCCCUUACAGAAGUGUGGUUUCAAGGAAAUGGACCCUUUUACUUUGCCUUGGAAGCUUCUGUGCUGGGCUUCUCUUCACUAACAGAAUGUGGACUGUACCUGAAGCAAAAGACAUAACCCGGAUAAAUGGGACCGAAGAUGAAAAGCUGAAGCUAAUUACAGAUGGGUGUAACCCGAAAAUCAAGAAUGUCAAGCGAGAACCUAAGGACAUUAUCGGGGAGGUUUCAAAGACUCACUUUGCCAUACAAAAUCUGGAUAAAACAAUUUCAAACUUAGAGAUGGAAUUGGCGGCUGCAAGGGCUGCACAGGAGUCAAUACUCAAUGGUUCUCCUGUAUCAGAAAACUUAAAGAUCACGGAGUCCAGUGGGAGACAGAAAUAUUUAAUGGUUAUAGGAAUUAAUACUGCCUUUAGCAGCCGAAAACGAAGAGAUUCAGUUCGUGCUACCUGGAUGCCACAAGGUGAGAAAAGAAAGAGGCUGGAGGAAGAGAAGGGUAUCAUCGUUCGCUUUGUUAUUGGUCACAGUGCUACAUCAGGUGGUAUUCUGGACAAAGCUAUUGAAGCGGAGGAUAGAAAACAUGGUGACUUCAUGAGGCUGGAACAUGUUGAAGGAUACCUUGAGUUAUCAGCCAAAACGAAGAUAUAUUUUGCCACAGCUGUUUCAAUGUGGGAUGCGGACUUCUACAUCAAAGUCGAUGAUGAUGUCCAUGUAAAUAUAGCAACACUUGGAACUACAUUAGCCAGACACCGUUCAAAGCCCCGGGUUUAUAUUGGAUGCAUGAAGUCUGGUCCUGUCCUCGCACAAAAGGGAGUGAGGUACCAUGAACCUGAGUAUUGGAAAUUUGGGGAGGCAGGAAACAAGUACUUCCGCCAUGCUACGGGCCAACUUUAUGCAAUCUCAAAAGAUUUGGCUACUUACAUAUCGAUAAAUCAGCAUAUGCUACACAAGUAUGCAAAUGAGGAUGUCUCAUUAGGAUCCUGGUUUAUUGGAUUAGAUGUUCAGCACAUUGAUGAUCGCAGACUAUGUUGCGGUACCCCACCUGAUUGCGAGUGGAAGGCCCAGGCGGGCAACAUCUGCGUUGCCUCGUUCGACUGGAGCUGCAGCGGCAUUUGCAAGUCUGCUGAAAGGAUCAAAGAGGUUCACCAUCGGUGUGGUGAAGGAGAGAAUGCACUUUGGAGUGCAGUUUUCUGAAGUAGGCAGGGUGUAGGAGUUGGGGUAUUGUAUGUGAUAUAUAUAGAGAAUGUAUGUAAUUUUCAUGUGUAGCAUUAUAGAGGUCUGACUGCUGGUGGGGGGGACCUCUUCCAUUUUAUUAGUAGGGAGAAGAGAAGACCCCCUAAAGCAGAAAGGAAGCAAGAGACCCAACAAUCACCGCCGGCCCGCCCGCCUGCCCGCCCGCCCGUGGCCCAUUCUUUUAAAGCGUGCUUGGAUGGCCAUUAUUGCUGUUGUAAGUUACUCCACGAUGGCCACGAGCUACAUAAUAAGUGCUGCUAAUCCUUUUGGGUAGCCUUUGCUUGCUGCCUGUGUUUCAUAAAUCAGUGGAUUCUCUCCCUUUUUCCCUAAUUACAAAUGCCAGUUCUAUC